CGAUGUUUCUCCACCUCUAAUUCGAAAACCCACGAAACUUAUUUAUAACCCGGUGAAAUACAAUUUGGACCCAUUCUGGAGACAGGGGAAUCAGCAUGAGUGGAAAGCGGAUUGUUUGCCUCCUGGCCAGUGUCCUGAUCCUGGGAAGCCUGCAAGUGGCGGCGGCAACCGAAACGGACAACAAAACGAGUGAAUUCGUAGCCACCAAGGAAUGGCAGGUGAUUGCGGAAGGUCAAGGCAUUCCCAAGGGACUCCACGUCCGCAUCAACAUGCAGACCGGACUCAAGGAAGCCAAACUAUUGGACGAAAGCGAACGUGGCACAGCUCUACAGAGUCAACCGGGAGACCAGAAGGCUCAGGAUCAGGAUGACAACGAACCCCUGGCCCUGGACUACAAGCCGGACAUCAUCGAGGAGUCACUGCGUCGGGUCAAGGAGCAGAAGAAGAGCUAUGCGGAGCUGCGCAAGGCCUACAAGGAGUUCCAGAAGAACUUCCGCACAGACGGAGAGCUGAUAGUCCAGCUGAUUGAUCAAUACCGGAACUUCAGCAAGACGCCGCAGGAGUCAGAGAUGCGCUCCAAGCUGGACUGCCUGGAGAACCUGGAGUACCUGCUGCACCAGAUCGACAAUGCCCUGAUGUUUAUCGAUAAUGGGGGACUGGACGACGUCCUCCUGCCCAUUGUGGUUAACGAUACGAACACCUCCCUAAGGGUCUCGGCCAUGCGGGUGUUGGGCUCCCUGGCGAGCAAUAAUCCCAAGGCGCAGAUAAAGGUGUUCGAGAAGAACUUUGGCUCCCAUCUGGCCCAGAUCCUAACCAGCUCUGGCAAUGCUGCAGAGGUCUCUGCUGCACUUCACGCCUUUGGAGCACUGUUGCGGAAGUUUCCGCUAGCCCAGCAACGAGUGCUCUCCACUUCGGGCACACAGGCACUGAUUAAGGUUAUGCAAAGUCCAGACGUGGAGCUCCGGAGCAAGGCCAAAGUGGUGACCCUCAUCAGUGACCUGGUGCUGGAGAAGCGGUCAGUGCUGGAGGCCAGCAAAGAUGCACCCGAAGCGGCCUCCACGAUGGCGCAAUAUGUGCUCCUGGAGUUCGAGCCGUGGCUGCAAUCGCAGGGCUACUGUGCUGCGGUGGACAGUGUCCUGACCAAGGACUUCCUGCAUCUCUUAGAGCAACCCGAGGUGGUGGAACAGUUUGCCACUGCCUUGGAAACCACCGAGGAUCUGUGCAUUACCUCCUGGUCGCAAAGUUCGGGUCUUAGGCAUGCCCUGCUCACCGUUCGCAACCGAUAUGCCAACACCAAGGACGAGUACCGAUUGGAGGUGUCCCAGAUCUUGGCCAAACUGUGCGAAAGAUUGUUCAACAAGCCCAAACACACCGAACUGUAAUGCUAGCCAAUUUACUAAGUAAAAGUUGUAGUUAAUUGUAAGCUGAGUUUGAAUGUAAUUCGUAGCCAAACAAUACACCCUUCAUGUUCAGGUUAAGCAAAUAUGAUAACUAAGUAGCCAAGUACUUGUGAUGCGAAAAUAAUGCUCCUUUUGCGAAAAGUGUACACUUUGUCAUUAAUAUAAGAAAGCUACUUAUAUGUAUGAUUUCUUUCUGCAAGUUAGAUUCGAUAAAAAAACUUAAUUUAUUUUUACAGAGGCUGGAGAAUAGGUAUGCCAAUUCUAAACUAAGAUCUCGUUUAUAAGAUUUUCGGUAAUAAAAAAGUCAUCUUUCCAUAGCUCUAAAUUGCUUCCUUAUGUUAAAGAUAUAUUAAUUAGUUAAUUUUUUUAUUCUGAAUAACUUUGAGUAAGCUAACAUAGAACAUAGGUCUUUCUUUUAAUUAAAUUUUUUUUAAUACUUAUCUGAGAAUCUAUUUCUUUCUUUUAAUAACUUACAGAGUUGAGACUCCAAAGUAGACUGUCUGGACAACUUGGAGUAUCUACUUUACCCGAUAAAUAAUCACCUGAUUCCCAGUGUUCUCUAAAUAAAGUUGUUUCUGUGUACAUAAAUAUUUAAAAUAAAAAAGCAAUAUUCAA